AUGACAACAAAGGCUAUUCCGGAUAAAUCCCCAGGUGCGGAGAAUAAAGUAUCAGCACAGCCUCUCACUUUAAAAAACUUAUUAUUUGAUUUAUUAAGCUUAAUUAAUUAUCUACUUUUUGAUCCUGAAUCUAAAUUUAUUAUCAUGGCUUUCAGCGUUCUUUUGGAAAGUCUAGCGCUAAAAUAUAUCAUAUUUAAUGUCCCAUAUACUGAAAUAGAUUAUAAGGCGUACAUGGAACAAAUUUCCAUGAUAGUUAAGGAUGGUGUAACCAAUUAUGAAUUGAUCAGAGGAAAUACCGGCCCAUUAGUUUAUCCUGCAGGUCAUGUAUUAAUAUAUAGAGCUAUGAAUCAUUUCACCCAAGGCUUGAAAAACUUAAAGGAAGGACAGAUUAUUUUUAGGUAUUUAUACAUUUCUACUUUAAUGGUUGAUUUUGCAAUUUAUUUUAGUAUUGAUACAUUACCACCUUGGUGUAUCUUAUUAGCGUGUUUAUCUAAGAGAUUGCACAGUAUUUAUGUUUUACGAUUGUUCAAUGAUUGUUUUACUACAUUAUUUAUUGGAUUAACUUGUUUAACUUUAAUUGUGUUGGUUAAAGUACUAAAUAACUCAAGAAAAAAUAAUUCGUUCAUAUUAAGUUCCUUUGCUAGUUUUUUUUUUACGUUUGCAGUCAGUAUCAAAAUGAACGCUUUACUGUAUUUCCCAGGUAUAUUAAUUAUAUUAGUAUGGUGCAAUUAUCCACACCUAGACGAUAGAAAGAAUAAAAGGAUAUUUUCGUUUUUAAUGUUUACUUUAAAGCUUUUUUUUUACAUUGCAGUUAUGAUCGGUUGGCAAAUAUUUGUUGCAUAUGAUUUCUUAAGUUAUUAUCCCAAAGAAUAUUUGCAUAUGGCAUUUCAAUUUGAUAGAAAGUUUAUGUACAUAUGGUCAAUUAAUUGGCAAUUUGUUAACGUUGAUUUUUUCAAUAGUGAUCUGUUUGGGAAUAUUAUGUUAUUACUCCAUUUAAUCACUUUAUUUAUUUUUAUGAAUUACAAAUGGUUAUAUUGUAUAACCUUGGGAAAAUGGAAAAUGCUAUUUAAAUUACCAGUGCAAUUACUAAAAGGAGAAACUGCUGUCAAUUUGUUUCCAUUACUAACUGUUAAACAUAUGGUUUACGUUUUGGUUACAUGUAAUUAUAUCGGUGUAAUUUUCAGCAGAUCUCUACAUUACCAGUUUUUAUCGUGGUAUCAUUGGACAAUACCAUUAUUGGUAUAUUAUAGUAGUGGUGCUGACAGUAUUAAUACUGGUGUUAGUUUUUUAAGUUUGAAGAAAAUAUUUGUUGCAUUAGCAUACUAUCUCUGGUAUUUUUUACAUGAAUAUGCCUGGAAUUUGUACCCACCUCAAUUGAAAGGAAGUUUAUUUUUAUUUUCCACAAAUUUUAUUUUAUUAAUUACCUGUUUCAUUAAUUAUAAGCCAGAAGUAUUUGCAACAACAAUAAAUAUUACAGAUGCAACUAAUGAUAACGUAAUUACUAGGGGUAAGAUUAAUAUAAAUAAAGAACACAAGGGUGCAAAGGAACUAUAG